AUGAUGAAUCUUUUCAUCCUAUUGAAGCAAUAUCUCGCGGACGCUUCCCAGAAGACCAUAAAGGAGGAGGUAUUUGAUCCAAGAGUGCACCUUAGCUACAAUCCGCCUUCAAAGAAAUUCACAGUGCAAGACUUGCUUCUAAAUCAGAGUCCAACCGCAUCGCCUAUUGCAGGGACAGUACCAUUUCCAUUAUUGUCAGCCGAAGGUGUCAGAGCCUACCGAAAGGCUUUAUUCCAAAAGAAUGUUAUAGACAAAUGUGCCAGUUCCCCAUUUCCAGGGACUUUGGUGCUUCGUGAUGCGGCGAAACAGUCAAGUUUUAUCAAUGACUUUUGGACACACCGUGAGACAAUGAACAUUGUUUCCGAGGCAGUCGGUGUACCUCUGGAGGUGGUGAUGCCAACAGAAAUAGGACACACUAACAUUCAAGUUGAAGGCACUACAAUCGCAGAAAUGGCCAACAAUCUAAAAGUUGAGCCGUCUGUGGAAAAGGUCGAGUUGAGUCCCGAAGAUCGAGCAUACGACCCUUUGAAAGAUGCCAGUGCUAUCAUUCCGUGGCAUUAUGACUCAUAUCCUUACGUUUGUGUACUGAUGCUGAGCGAUACUGAGGGUAUGAUUGGAGGCGAGACAUAUAUCAAAAAGGGAGACGGGGAGGUUGAAGGCCCCAGAAUUGGUUAUGCUGUCAUGCUCCAAGGCGGCGAAGUCUGUCAUCUGGCAGCCCGGGCAAAAGGUGUGAAGGAGCGGAUAUCGACCAUCACUUCAUAUCGUUCUACAUUGCCAAAUAUGUAUGACUCCAGCUAUACUACCAACGUCCGUCCUUAUGCGGAUACAACCUCUCUCUAUCCUGAAUGGACACAAUACCGUUUGCGAAAAUUGAGAGAUGAACUUACAUAUUAUCUCGACAAGACGGAGAAAGAAGAUGAUUCUGCACAGGAAAGAAACAGCGUACAAGCUCUUAUAGACUAG